GCACUUAGUGGAAAAAUGAUUAUCGUGACGCUGUUGCUAGUUCUACUACAAAUAUCUCUCAGUUCUUUGACUGUUGGCCAAGCUGACAUUCUGUUUCGGGAUGACUCCCCAGAGGUGGGCAGUGAAUGUCAGAAAUCCGCAGGAAGUGGCAUAUGUGUAUUCCCCGACAAAUGUCGCGUCACCGCCGAAAUGAUCAAUAUGGGACAGCCAGAAAUUUGCUUUUUCCAUCUCCAACGAAUACCAGUGGUGUGCUGUCCCAAUGCGAACUUAAUUAGUGAUACGCCCGAACCUGUGCCACCUUCGCCUGCUGCACCUGUGUCUGUUGCACCAGUGCCUGUUACACCAGUGGCGACGCCCGUUUCAUCUUUCCUGGAUGAUCUUCCUGCUUCCACAACUUCCAGUUCUUCAACCACAACAUCUUCUACAACCACCACCCCUUCAACUACCACGACUCCACCUCCCGAAACGAGUACCAGCAGGGUCACUCAACCAGCGAGAAGAACCACUGCUUCUACCAAACCCUCCCAAUCGUCUGAGAGUCCAACAGAACAUCUCUCAAUGAGACUGAGUGAUAAGAAAUGCAUAGAGUACUCUCAGAACUACACAGGGAAGGAAAAGCUCUACUAUGGUAUCGUCCAGGGAGACUUUGCGGGUAUUAGAGAGUUUCCUCACAUGGCAGCAAUUGGAGCGCAAGAUCCAGGAGGAAGUGACAUCAUUUAUUACUGCGGAGGAAGUCUUAUUAGUGAAAAAUACAUUCUAACAGCCGCUCAUUGUCUCACGAGAGGCAGUCCAUCGACUGUCCGUCUGGGAGAUCGCGAUCUCUCAGCAACUGAAGACGAUGCUGAUGUCAAGGAGUAUGAAAUUGAUAGAGUAUUUGUUCAUCCUCGCUAUCGCAGUGCCUCUGUGUACAACGAUCUGGCACUACUGAAACUCACUGAGGCAGUCAAAUUCACACCCUACAUCCGCCCAACUUGCCUUAACACCUUAAUGAACCCCAAUCAAACGGUUCUAAUAGCCUCGGGUUGGGGACACACUGCAUUUGGUGGAAAUGAGUCGGCAGUGCUGCAAAAAGUCCCCCUGGAUGUCUUCACAACUGAGCAGUGUGCCACUCAUUACACACCACAAAGAAGACUCGCUGAUGGACUGCAAGAGACGCAGCUUUGUGCAGGAUCAAGCAGUGACGGGAGAGAUACUUGCCAAGGGGAUUCAGGUGGACCCCUUGCAUACUCCAAAUAUAUUCCUGAGAUCAAAACUAGCAUGCACUAUUUAGUGGGAAUUACAUCCUUCGGCAAGAGUUGCGGUGCCAUGAUCCCGGCUAUUUACACCCGCGUUUAUUCCUACCUCGAUUGGAUCGAGAGCAUUGCCUGGUCAUAACUGGAUAAAGCAUAAUUAUUCUCAAGUGUUGUGAUUGAAGAUUGUCUUGUCUACAGUUACAGAUAAUAAAAAGUAUAUAGACUUUGUGGGCACUGAAACAGGUUUACAUAAAACACGA